UCCGGCGCGGAACCGGGGAGCUCGCCUCAGUCAUCCCUCCCUCUCUGGCAGGCUGCCCGUUUUCCCGGCCGCCGAGGCCGUGACGCCGCCGCAGCCGCUGCCGCCGCCGCCGCCGCCACCAGGGCCUCCGGGGCCUCCAACAUGGCCCCACCCCCGGCCCCGCCCAAGGCCCGCCCAAGGCCCGCCCGCGCGAUGUUCUCGCGCGGCUCGAGGCUUGCCUCGCCAAUGUCCUUAGCACUCAGGGGGGGGAAGAUGGCGGAAAAUUUAAAAGACUGCAAAGUGUGUGGCAAGUCUUCUUGGAGCCAACUGCAGAACUUGUGCCGGCUGGCCAAGACCUCCUGCCCUGCUCUUGGCAUCUCCCGAAAGAAUCUGUAUAUCUUUGAGGUGGACUAUCUGUGCAACUAUAAGAAAGUCCGGGACAAGGAGUACUACCUUGUAAAAUGGAGAGGCUACCCUGAAUCUGAAAACACCUGGGAGCCACGCCGGAACUUGAGGUGUGCCAACACCUUGAAGCAGUUCCACCGAGAUCUGGAGGGUGAGAUAAUCCGCCGAACGGGGAGAAGGCCUAGGACUGUGCCUCCUCGACACCUGGAUGCAGCCCUGGUAGAGUUCUUAUUGCAGAAGGGCCGUCAGCGGAAGGCUCUACAGCGUUGGGAGCGAGAACUGAAUGCUAGGCGCUCUCACAAGGGCAGCAUCUCGGUAGAAAAUGAAGUGGACUUAAAUGGGCCCCCCAAGGGCUUUUCAUACAUCAAUGAGUAUAAGGUGGCUGAAGGGAUUGCCGUGACCCAAGUGGCCAUAGGCUGUGAGUGUAAGAACUGUCUGGAAGCCCCAGUCAAUGGCUGCUGCCCAGGUGUAUCACUCAACAAGUUUGCUUAUAACAUCCAAGGUCAGGUGCGGCUGCAAGCUGGCCAGCCCAUCUAUGAGUGUAACUCCCGUUGCCGCUGCAGUGAUGACUGCCCUAACCGUGUGGUGCAGAGGGGCAUUAGCUACAACCUGUGCAUCUUCCGUACAUCAAAUGGGCGCGGCUGGGGUGUCCGCACACUGGAGAAGAUUCGCCGCCACAGCUUCGUCAUGGAAUAUGUGGGUGAGAUCAUCACUUCUGAGGAGGCCGAGCGUCGUGGGCAGGUCUAUGAUCGGCAGGGGAUCACCUACCUCUUUGAUUUGGACUACGUGGAGGAUGUCUACACGGUGGAUGCAGCGUACUACGGGAAUGUCUCUCACUUUGUCAACCAUAGCUGUAACCCCAACCUUCAGGUUUACAAUGUCUUCAUUGACAAUCUGGAUGAACGCCUACCACGAAUUGCCUUUUUUGCCACCCGAACUAUCUGGGCAGGCGAGGAGCUAACCUUUGACUACAACAUGCAAGUGGACCCUGUAGACAUGGAAAGCACACGUAUGGACUCUAACUUCGGUCUGGCUGGUCUCACAGGCUCUCCCAAGAAGCGGGUGCGGAUUGAGUGUAAAUGUGGAACCGAAUUCUGCCGGAAAUACCUCUUCUAGUAGCUGCAGUUGGCAUCUUCCUUCGAAUCCAGACAACCCAGGACAAUGGCUUCCCUGGUCUCCUGAGCAAGGGCUGACUGACCAGAGUGACAGAAGUAAAGACCUGACCUCCCUUUCAGGGCAGAGAAGUUACUGCCGACACCCCCCACCUCCCCAACCCCUCCCCCUGGCCAGGGAGAUCCAGAGUUUACCUACCCCCUUCUCCACCCCCCUCACAGUUUGCACAUGUUUGGAUGAGUUUUUUCAGUCCCCAGGAGGGGAUGUUUGGGAAGUAGGCAUGUCCUUUCUUUCCCUCGAGAGUUGUUAUAUUCAUCAACAACAGUUGGGUUUUCCAGAAAGUUUUGUCUGGAACUAUUCCUCAGCUUAUAAUACAUUGGUUUGUGUUCUUUA